UCAACGUCCAAUGAAAGACCGAUCGGUGUUUGUUGUUAUCUACGAGGAUAAACGACAAAAUACUACUUUGAUCUCACCCUUAAGAAUUUUUAUCAUUUUUUAUCAUAUUGAAGAAUUGUAUGAACGACUUUUAGUUUAGUUGUCUAUAGUUUGAAACUCUUAGGUUGGCACUGGCGGCUGGAAACGAAGACCUGCAAUCGGAAAACGUCAUCGGUCAUGGCAGCACCCACAGUCAGGACUCGCUGUCUUUAGUUUGAAACAAGUGUAUUAAUCGUUGAAAUGAAAUACGUUUGCUUGUAGGCCAGUAGCUCAACAUGGCAGCGAACCUGUUUAUCAUUGUGAAGACAGAAGACGACGAGGAGCGGCCGUGUACAGACAUUUGUCAUGGUGGGGAGGAGGAAAACAAACCCAUAUUAGAUACCAGACGGUCAAUUAAUACCCAGACUCAAGACAACCCAUCUUUCAGAACAAGAAACAUUGAAGAAAAUAAAGUGAUUUGGCAGAGACGUUCAACUCAGGUGAAUGAAAUAUUCUCAAAGGUGAUGACCAAAAAAUACAGAUUACAAAAACACAUAAAAUGCAAGAAAAUAGGAUUGGAUGUGGAUGUUGGGUCAGGACUGAAACAGAAACUGGAUUUGCAGUUACUUACCAACGGUGUAAUGAACGAGAUAGCAGAUUUUGCCAAAGAACUGUCGACUAAUUCUCAAAAACACUACAUUGCUGAAAUUCUGGAGUGCAAUUUUGAAAUUAGCUUUGAAAACAUAAAACAAAAAGGUGAAUUUGCAUAUCAAACUUGGCAGAGAGUGGUUGAAUUGCAGAAACGUCACGCACAGAAGCCUUUUAAAUUAUCUAUGCUUAAUCAACCAUGGAUGCUUGGCCUAAAACCAUAUUACAUGGUUCCAAAGACUUCCAGUCAGAAAGACCCUCUUAGAGAUUCUGAAAUCAUCACCUCAGAGCAUCUGGGAUAUGCUGAAAUCUGUUCUGAAAGUGAGUCUGACAUGAUGGCCAACCAGGACAUCAAGAGGGAGACAUUCUAUACUGUGCCAGAAGAGACUAGGGCAGACCUCUACCCCCUGUGUCAGGAAAUUGGUCUGGACCUUGAUGUGACAUAUAAAGGUUGGUCGAAAGAGAAACUUGACAUGGAUGUUUUGACCAAAGGGGUUAUGAUUGAGGUGGCCAAGUAUACCAAAAAACUGUGUGGGACAUACAAGCAGAUAGUCCUUGACAUCUUGGAACACAAUUUUGAUCUUGCUUUGCAAACUGUGGACUCGGAGCUCUUUAAAACAAUUUUCUUCAACAUAGGACUGUUAAAGCAAUUGAGGAAAAAAAAAAUAAGUCAACCAUGGUAUGAUACAGUCUUCUCAAUGCAAAGACCUAGACAUGUGCUCAAGUUGGCAUCAGCUGUAUCUAAAAAGAAAAGACUCCAAAAAGCUGUUUCUAGAAGGCAGUCGGAUCGACUGAAAAUGAGACAGCUGUCUGCUGCUGCUGAUAUAGAAGAGUUGAAGAAAAAGCAGAGUGGUGAGGCACGGUAUGAAACGGCCGUCUCAUUGCAAAGACCUAGAAAGAGGGAUCGUAAAUUGGCACCAGCUGUUUCUAGAAGGAAGUCAGAACGACUGAAAAGGAGACGACUGUCUGCCGCUGACGGUCAUAAAAAGAAAAGGAAGAAAGGAACUCGACGUGAAAGAAUGUCUGACAGGACCUGUGAGAUGAGCAACUUUGAAAGGACUGACCCAUAUACCUAUGAAACUGCAGAUGUGGACCAAAUUGAAGACCGAGGCUACAUGUGCUCACUGGAGAACCCUGGUCUUGAACCUUCACUAACAGUCCUGUGUGCUGCUGGUGGUGGACACGUAUCCUCUCCUGCCCCUCCCCUGACACCAUCUUAUGACACUCACACUGCCUUGUGUGCUGAAGAAGUGAAGCUGGAAAACAAUGAAAAUACAAGGGCAAGGGUUGAUUACUAUCCUUUUUGUGAACAAUUAGGCAUAGACCUUGAUAUACAUUCAAAAUUGGAAUCCAAAGAAAAACAUGACUUGCAGUUUCUGACGAAUGGUGUGAUGUAUGAGAUUCAUAGAUAUGUUAAUAGAAACAGGAAUGGUUUGCCCUAUUCACACUUUCUAUAUGACAUUUUGGAUUACAACUUUAGAAUGAGUUUCACUUUCCACAAUUAUUGCUACAAUUUUGCCCUACAAUGUACGCCGCGUGUAAAGCAAUUGGCAAAAAAAUAUCCACGUGCCUUACUCAGAAACCCACAUUAUGCCAUUUGCAUGUUUGUGCUACACUCUGAAAAGAUGACAGAAAAAAAUGAAAACAAGUACAGUUACUCAACUGCAAGAACGUCUGAGAGACAUUUCGAGAGGGCAGACCUGUAAAUUGAGCAACUGUGAAAGGACCAACCCAUGUACAGAUGAAACUGCAGAUGUUGGCCAAAUUGAUGACCUAGGCUACAUGUGCUCACUGGAGAACCCUGGUCUUGAACCUUCACUAACAGUCCUGUGUGCUGCUGAUGGUGGACACGUAUCCUCUCCUGCCCCUCCCCUGACACCAUCUUAUGACACUCACACUGCCUUGUGUGCUGAAGAAGUGAAGCUGGAAGACAAUAGAAAUAUGAGGCCAAGGCGUGAUUACUAUCCAUUUUGUGAACAAUCAGGCAUAGACCUUGAUGUACAUUCAAAAUUGGAAUCCAAAGAAAAACAUGAUUUGCAGGUUCUGACGAAUGGUGUGAUGUACGAGAUCCGAAAAUAUGUUAGAAGAAAAAGAAAAAAGAAGGCCUAUUCAUACUUUCUAUACGACAUUUUGGAUUACAACUUUGAUAUGAGUUUCCACAAUGAGAAGUGGCAUUCCUUUAUCAAUCGAAUAGUAUGGUAUGUUAAAAAACUGGCGGCAACAUAUCGCCGUGACGUGGCCAUCAACCCAAAUCAUACCACUGAAGUGUUUGCACUACACUCAAAAAUACAAACAGCGAGAAGGAAAAAUGAGACGGUUCCUCAACCUGCAAGGACGUCUGAGAGAAUUUUCAAGAAGACGACCUGUAAAUUGAGCAACUUUGAAAGGACCAACCCAUGCAAAGAUGAAACUGCAGAUUUUGGCCAAAUUCAUGACCGAGGCUACAUGUGCUCACUGGAGAACCCUGGCCUUGAACCCUUGCUUACAGAUCAAGCAAACAUGUCUCAUAUAAAAAAGGAGUCAAAUUAGUCACUUAAAGAAUGAGCAGAGUUUGAAAUAGUGUCCCACAACCCAAGGUGCUGAUGGAUUUGCUACCACAGAUGGCAAAAGUAGGUAUUACUAGCCACUUUUAAAUGUUUAUGGCUAUUUGUACAAAAACAUGAUACCAAAUUCUUAGGAUAUUCUAGUCUGAUAUUGAAACCUAAAGAUGUGAUAAGGUUUAUGGUCUUUGUAAGUGACUGCCCACUGUAAUUGUUGUUUGUAAUUGUAAAGUAUAGACUGAAAGCUACUGUAUACUGAAAGACAUCAAGCAAAAAUGCUAUGUUUAUUUUGAAUACGUUUAUAAAUAACUUUGUCAGAACCUCUUUCCUUGUUUUGUAUUCCCCACAUAGCAGUGUUUUAAAUGCAGGAAAAUGUAAAGGUUAGACCAUGUAAGAAGAUUGCAGUACUUUUCUUCAGUUGUAAAUGUUUCCCUGAACAUUUUGGGGUUGACAAAGAUUACUGUCUUGAGUUUUUCUAGAAGAAUUUUUAAUCAUAGUUUUGUGUCAAUGACAAGAAGACCUUAGUUGUCGAGAAUGUUUUAAAUCAUUUCUGUUUCUUUUAUCGGUCAAUGGCCAGAUGAAAUUGUUUUAAAGCAGUACUUACUUCCAGCCUUUAGGUGGCAUUAUGGUAAUAGCCUUAGUUGUUACAACAGGAACACAAGAGUUGGGCUUCCAUUGAUUUAUCGUUGACAUCUGCUUGGAAUGGUUUGCAAGCCAGAAACCUUUUUUUUCCGAUUUGUAAUAAACAGUCAACCUUG